ACCAAACUCUCUCUAUUAUAUAUCUUCAGUUUUUCUUACAUACAUUUCAUCUGCAGCCGCACCCAAAUCGGAGACAACCCACUUGCCGCCGCCCACUAUUUUUUCCGCCGUCAUGGACUUCGGAAUCACAUCUGUUGUGUACAUCUCAAAUUCCUUGUAGUACAGUUCCAAAUGCCUUCACAACUUUUUCGUCACGACUAGAAGAAGUUUUUGCAAAGGUGGUCUUUUUUAUUUGACCACUGAAACAAACAAUGCUUACAAAUCAGAAGUUGUUCGUCCAUCUAAACGGGGGUAUUAGAUUACCAAUUAGUUUUCACGGAGCUUCAAGAAGGUUUCUCUCUUUAUCUUCUUCAGAUAUGAAGGCGACAAGCCAACAGGAAGACGAUGAGGCAUCUUACUCUGAACAAUUGUCAUCCGUGGCAGGAGGGAUAGUAGCUUUGGGAAAGUUUGAUGCAUUGCAUAUUGGUCAUCGUGAGCUAGCUAUUCAAGCAUCCACAGCAGGAACUCCAUUCUUGCUAUCAUUUACUGGAAUGGCAGAAGUUCUUGGAUGGGAACCUAGGGCUCCUGUAGUUGCAAAAUGUGAUCGUGAACGAGUGCUUUCAUCUUGGUCCGCUUGCUGUGGAGAGGUGGCCCCUAGAGAGCUGGAAAUUGAAUUCUCAAAAGUACGCAAUUUGACCCCACGUCAGUUUGUGGAGAAGUUAUCGAAAGAGCUUGGUGUACGUGGUGUUGUGGCAGGCAAAAAUUACCGGUUUGGCUACAGAGCUUCCGGAGAUGCAUUAGAGCUAUCAAGAUUAUGUGAAGAGUAUGGUAUAGAGGCAUAUGUUAUAAACCCUGUUAUGGACAAAAAGCAAGACAUAUUAGACCGAGAAUUCGCUAACGCUAAAGAAAGAGGGCAAGUCUCUUCUACCCGUGUUCGUUAUGCACUUUCAAAGGGUGACAUGAGAUAUGUCUCUGAGCUUCUCGGACGCCACCAUCGUCUUAUAUUAAAGCUGAAUAAUGACCAAAGUUCAAUGAACAACAGGAACAUGGCCUCGUUUCCUAAAUCAUGCUUAUUAAACCUUCCACCUAAAGAGGGUGUAUACGAGAAUUGUCGUAUCAUUUAUGGUAAAGAAAAUUUUGUACCAUGCAGAGUAGUCGUUGAUAUUGAAAACAUUCAUUUAGAGUUGGUUGACAGAGAUUGUAUUGACAUUCCUUAUGAAAACUUCUUGUACCUGAAUAUUGAAUUUGGUGUCUGAAAGCAGCUUUUAGAAUGGAAUAUAUGGUUGCACAUUA